AUGGCGGCGCGCCGGGGACGGAGAGACGGAAUCGCGCCGCCUGCGAGCGGCGGCGGCCCCGGCCCGGACCCGGGCGGCGGAGUCCGCGGCGGCGGGUGGGGGAGUCGGAGCCAGGCGCCCUACGGGACUGCGGGCGCGCUGAGUGGCGCAGAGCAGGUUCUGCUCCAGGAGGAGGGGGAUGAUUCUGGCUUUGUCAGUCUGUCACGAUUGGGCUCCUCUCUGAGGGAUAAGGACCUGGAAAUGGACUCCCUGAUGCUACAAGAUGAGACACUGCUGGGGACCAUAGAGAGUUACAUGGAUGCCUCACUAAUCUCCCUCAUUGAAGAUUUUGGGAGUCUUGGAGAGAGCAGGUUAUCUCUGGAGGACCAGAAUGAAGUGUCUCUGCUGACUGCUCUGACCGAGAUCUUGGACAAUGCAGAUUCUGAGAAUCUGUCUCCGUUUGAUAGCAUUCCUGAUUCAGACCUGCUUGUGUCACCUCGAGAGGGCUCCUCUCUACACAAACUGCUCACCAUCUCUCGGACACCCCCUGAACGUGACCUCAUUUCCCCAGUUGACCCACUGGGAGCCAGCAUAGGCAGUAGUAGAAUGAGUGGGGUUGAGAUGUCUCUCGCAGAUCCCUCUUGGGACUUCUCCUCACCCACUUUCUUGGAUACCUCUUCCCCCAAGCUUCCCCCAAGAUCAAGACCCCCAAGAUCAAGACCCCGCAGGGGUCAGUCUCCUCCCCAGCAGCGUAGUGAUGGGGAAGAAGAGGAGGAGGUAGCUUUCAGCCACCAGAUACUUGCUGGGGAGCCUGACAAGCCUGUGAGCAGCAUCCCAGACUUCCCCAUGCACCUUGCGUGUCCUGAGGAGGAAGAGAAAACAGCAGCAGUGGAGAUGGCUAUGCAGGUGUCGGGAGAUGAGAGCAUCUCCUCCCUGAGUGAGCUGGUGCGAGCCAUGCACCCCUAUUGCCUGCCCACCCUCACCCACCUGACCUCACUGGAGGGUGAUCUGCAGGAGCAGCAGGAGGAUUUGGCCCUGCCUGAGGACUGUGUGGUCCUGGAGAUUGUGGGCCAUGCAGCCACAGCUGGCAAUGACUUGGAGAUUCCAGUUGUGGUAAGGCAGAUCCCUCCUGAACCCCAGCCAGGGCUCCUGCAUGAUGCCCUGGAGGCCAGCUCGACCUUGCAGCUGCUCAUACCUACACUAGAGUCAGGAGCUGAGGCAGCCAUGCCUGAGGAAACCCUCUGCCCGGAGAAAGAGGGGCUGUCCUUGGAGAAGGGGGAAAGGCUAGAAUUAACCUGCUUAUUGGAGCCCAGGAACAUCAUGGAGCCAGUGGCAGCAACCGGGCCUCCAAACCCACCAGACAGCUCUGGACUGAGUUCGCAGCGGACUCGGAAGGGCAGGAGGAAGAAGAGCAAGGAGCAGCCAGCUGCCAGCAAUGAAGGCUCUAGGAGGAGGCUGAGGUCAUCCUCUUGCGCCAAGUGUCAAGUGACUGGAGAGGUCCCUGCUCAGGCAGAACCCUUGCCUCCGAAGGAGCUCCAGAGAGCAGCGGGGCCCACCUGUGGUCGAGGGAAACCCCGGGCCUGGGCUCGGGCCUGGGCAGCGGCAUUGGAGAAGCCUAAUUCCGAGAGUCCUGCUGGGGAGAGUCCUCGAGAUAUCUGUCCCUCCCUGCUCGACACUAUUCCAGACAGCUCUGUCCUGGCUCAUCUCUCAGUGGGUGACUCUGCUCAAGCCAACCCCAUACCACUUGCCUCUGUUGAGGCUGAUCCUGCAGCAGGUGACGUCGUUCCUGCUGAUGCUGACUCUGCCUCAGUCGACCCUGCUUCAGCUGACUUCGAGCCGGUUGACUCUCUCUCGACUGACCCAGUUUUGACUGACUCUGCCACAGUGGACCCUCCGGUGGUGGUUCCUGUCUCAGAUGACGUGCCACCAGCUAUUCCAGUGCCCUCAGACCCGCCUCCAGUUGACCCCAUGCCAGUGAAGUCUCGGCCCACUGAUCCCCGCCGAGGCGCAGUGUUAUCUGCUCAGGCGACUUUACCCUCUCAGUUCUUCCAGGAGUCAGAGGCCUCAGAUCUCUCAAAUGCUGUUCCUGAAGGCAAGGCCGUGGGGCCUCCAAAGGUGAAAAGUGGCACCAGUGCCACCACGCAGGAAGCCAGACCCCGACCUCUUAGCCUGUCUGAGUACCGGAGACGAAGGCAGCAGAGGCAGGCAGAGGCAGAGGAGAGGAGUUGGCAGCGCCCUGCUGGGAAGUGGCCCAGCCUUCCCGAGACCCCCACUGGGCUGGCAGACAUUCCUUGUCUUGUCAUUCCAACUGCCCCAGCCAAGAAGACAGCUGUGCAGAAAAGCCCCGAGGUUCCCCCGGAACCUUGCUCCACCCUGGUGGCUCCCAGCCCAACCUCUCCUAGUCCAGAGCCACCUGCAAGCAAACCUCCAGCCUCAGUGACUCCUGAGCAGGUGCCAUCCCAGGAGAUGCCUCUGCCUGCAACACCUGUGCUUCCUGAUGUUCAGUCCAUGCCCCCCCCAAUGCCCACUGCUCUGCCUUUCCCCCCUGGUGGACUGGGCAUUGCCCCCAUGCUGCCCCUUUCUGCUAGUGGGCAAGGAGUCCCCAGUCUCCCGCCACCACCCUUGCAGACUCCUAGUCUCCCAGUAUCCGUGGGGCCGGUGCCACCUGAUCCUUAUACUCACUAUGCCCCUGUGCCACCUUGGCCUUGUUAUCCCCCUCUGUCCCCCUCUGGCUAUCCUUGCCUGCCUCCCCCACCAACGGUACCCCUAGUGUCUGGUACUCCUGGUGCUUAUGCUGUGCCCCCCACUUGCAAUGUGCCUUGGGUACCCUCUCCAGCCCCAGUCCCACCUUACAAUUCCAGCUGUACCUAUGGGCCCUUGGGAUGGGGCCCGGGGCUGCAGCACCCUCCAUUCUGGCCUGCUGUGCCCCUACCCCCACUGCCUUUGACUGCAGUUGCUCCCCUACCCACAGUAGAACCCAGUGGCAUCCCAGCUGGCCCCUCUGAAAGUGUACUUCCGGUGCCACUGGCUCCCUCCCAUGGCCAUGGAUCAGCCCCCCUAGGAGGUGCACAGGUAGAGGCCGACACGGUGGAGGCUAAGCCAGUGCCUGCGUCACAUCUGAAGCACAAGGUGCCCUCUCCUGGGCAGAGUGCCCAGAUCAAGGCUCCACCAUGUGUAACUGUUGAGGAACCUGAAACUGUGAGGCUGAAGCCUGAGACACAGGAGACUAGGCCCAGGGAGAAGCCCCCUUCUCCUGUGGCCAAGGUGGUUUCUGCUGGCACACCUAAACAGAGCACUGCUCCUAAGCUGCCUGCUCUCCACCCAGCUCGUCUCCGACAACUAUCAUUCCUGCCUAAACCACGCACCCAGGGUUCCGAGGAUGUUGUACAGGCUUUCAUCAGUGAGAUUGGAAUCGAGGCAUCGGACCUGUCCAGUCUGCUGGAGCAAUUUGAGAAGUCAGAAGCCAAAAAGGAGUGCCCUUCCCCGGCUCCUGCUGACAACUUGGCUGUAGGAAACUCAGGCAGCGAUGACACUUCCCAGGAGAAGAAGCCCCUAGACCGGUUACAAGCCCCAGAACUGGCCAACGUGGCAGGGCUCACCCCUCCAGCCACCCCUCCCCACCAGUUAUGGAAGCCCCUGGCUGCUGUCUCACUGCUGGCCAAAGCCAAAUCUCCUAAAUCCACCGCCCAGGAGGGAGCCCUGAAGUCUGAAGGAGUCACAGAGGCCAAGCAUCCAGCUGCAGUCCACCUCCAAGAAGGGGCCCAGGGCCCUAGUCCAGUUCAUGUGGGCUCCGGGGACCAUGACUAUUGUGUUCGGAGCAGGACACCCCCAAAAAAGAUGCCUGCUCUGGUCAUUCCAGAGGUGGGAUCCCGAUGGAAUGUCAAACGCCAUCAGGACAUCACCAUCAAACCUGUCUUGUCCCUGAGUGCAGCUGCCCCAGUGCCCCCACGUACCGCAGCCUCUCAGGAACCGCUUGAUCACAGGACUAGCACUGAGCAGGCAGAGCCCCCUGCCCCUUGCCUUGCCCCAUCCGCCUUGCUUUCCCCUGAGGCCUCGCCAUGCCGGACUGACACUAGGACUCUCCCCGAGCCCUCAGCCAAGCAGCGGUCAGUGCGCUGUUACCGAAAAUCCUGCAGGUCGGCCAGUCCCCAGAACCGGGGCUGGCAGGGCCGUCGAGGCCGCAGCAGCCGCUCUGUCAGCUCUGGGUCCAACCAGACCAGCGAAGCUUCUUCCUCAUCCUCAUCGUCGUCCUCCUCAUCCCGGUCCCGGUCCAGGUCCCUCUCCCCCCCACACAAGAGGUGGCGAAGGUCCAGUUGCAGUUCCUCUGGACGUUCCCGAAGAUGUUCUUCCUCUUCCUCCUCUUCCUCCUCCUCAUCUUCCUCUUCAACAUCCUCAUCAUCAUCCAGUUCCCGAAGCCGAUCUCGUUCUCCAUCCCCCCGCCGAAGAAGUGACAGGAGGCGGCGGUACAGUUCUUACCAUCGUUCACACGACCAUUACCAAAGGCAGAGAGUGUUGCAGAAGGAGCGUGCAAUAGAAGAGAGAAGAGUUGUCUUCAUUGGGAAGAUACCUGGCCGCAUGACUCGGUCAGAGCUGAAACAAAGGUUCUCUGUUUUUGGAGAGAUUGAGGAGUGCACCAUCCACUUCCGUGUCCAAGGUGACAACUAUGGCUUCGUCACUUACCGUUAUGCUGAGGAAGCCUUUGCAGCCAUUGAGAGUGGCCACAAGCUGAGGCAAGCAGAUGAGCAGCCCUUUGAUCUCUGUUUUGGGGGCCGCAGGCAGUUCUGCAAGAGAAGUUAUUCUGAUCUUGACUCCAAUCGGGAAGACUUUGACCCAGCUCCUGUAAAGAGCAAAUUUGAUUCUCUUGACUUUGACACAUUGUUGAAACAGGCCCAGAAGAACCUCAGGAGGUAACCCUGGGCUCUUUUUCCCCUUCCCUUUAUCUUUGGAGGUUCCCAACCUCAUCCCUCCCCCCGCUGUAGGGGGGAGAGCUGCUAGUGAGGGAUGACUGUUUUAUAAAGAAAUGGAAAAAAAGUGAAAUAAAAAUGUGUUAAAUCAGA